AUGUCUGGAAGACUCGCAUCCCUCUCGACACCCAGCCGGUCAAGAAGCUCUCCUUCACCAUCUCCCUCGCCUGCCCCUGCGACUCCCUUGCGUCAAACGGAGACGACACACCACCGCAUGCUCAAGCUUGUCAUCACGGAAGUAAAGAAUGUUAUCAGAACAUGGGACGAAAUCAUAAUAUUGGAGGGAUAUAAAGCCGCGAAGGGGUGUAUAGACGAGACGACAGAGAUGGAUAAUCUGUUGGAUGUAGAAGAGAAGCCAGAAAGACCAGAAAUAGGACCUCACCUUUCAGAUCUAUACGGGCACAGAGUAGCUCUCCAAGCUGCCAUGGCCAAGCUGGAUAACAACCUUGGCAAGCUGAAUCAGCUCGCGGACCAGGCAGACAAGGUGCUACUAGGGGCAUGCUCUAGAGAGACUUCAGACUUUAUAUUCGUGGAGCCGCUCUGGCUUACAUGGACUCUUGAACAUUUCGUCAAUUCCAUAUCAUCCCUAAUACCUCUCCACACAUCCCACCUCGCCGAACUCACCAUCAUAACCACCACCAUACUCGACCCCGCCACCUCCUUCGACGACGCCAAGUACAGCAUUGAAGCAUGGCGAGACCUGGCGAGUGGUGGUGAACGGUGGGAUGGAGUGAGAGAGUGGGAAGAUCUGGUCGAGUUGGAGCUCACUCGGGGAGAGUUGGUUGAAGAGGACGAGGAUGAGGAUGAUUUCAAGAAGAAGGGGAAGAAGAGACGGUAA